AUGCCCUUGCCAGCCACCGACGACGAGAGCUCCGAAAGCUUGUUGGAAAUCCCUUUGAGCCAGUUCCAUCCACCGGAGGUGCUCACACGUAAAGCGCAAGUUGAGCGACGACUCAGAGCCGUGGAGACGUCGCUUUUCGCAUCGUUGCUCCUCGCCGAGGACUACGACCAUGAUCGAUACAGUGAUAAUGAGAUUGUGAUUCGCCACUUGAUAUACUAUCAUCAUGAGCGACGACUGUUUGGGACGACACCUGAACAUUACCUCGAGUAUCUCUUUGCGAGUACGAAGAGCGAUUUUGGACACGAAACGUUUGAGCGCGUAGGGCAAAGGUUUCUUCAUUUAUAUGAAGAGUGGAGUGAAGAGCGUAUUCGUAGCGAUGAUCAAGACAUGGCUGCACUCUAUACACCCAUGUUGGCGUACCUGACUCGCGACUGGGGUGGUCAAUGGCUGAAACCAUGGAGUCGCUGCACGAUGGAGCCAAAUUCGGAUGACCCAUGGGACGUGACGAACCCGUUCAUAUUUUGGUGGUCUGAGAGGAAGACGGAGGCAAAGCAACUCGUGCUAUACCUCGAAGAUCCCGACCGUUAUCUUGAAAUCGGUGGUACCUUUGUGCUUGUGGCACAUAUCGGAAACUUCCGACAAUUCCGUUCACGCUGCAACAUGGAAGCGGAGGCAUACUUGACUCAUGUCUUCGCGAACGGCGGUAUUUCAGAUCAGCGCUUCUUCCACGAAGCCUAUCGGGAGGGACUCGAGUAG